AUGGGCCUGGGCGACGACGACUUUGACAAGAUGCUGGCCGAGUUCGAGGACUUCGUCGAGAACCCGGCCGACAAGGCGGACGCCAAGAAGAAGCGCCGGUCUCCGCCCCGGCCGCUGCCGCUGACGCAGGAGGAGUUUAUCCGGCGGCUGCAGCUGGGGCUGCCGCUGCGGGACGACACGCCGCCCCGACACACGGCUCGGAGGGCCGAUGAGCCGGCCAGACCGGACGACGAGAGGAGGCGGCGCGACGAGGCCAGGAGACCGGAGGAGGAGCGCAGGACGGGAGGACGGGAGGACGAGAAGAGGCGGUCGGAAGAGAGGCGGAGGCAGGAGGAAGAGAGGAAGCAGCAGGAAGAGGCGAGGCUGCGGCGCGAGGCCGACCUGAAGCGCAAGGAAGAAGAGGAGGCCAAGAGGCAAGCCGAGUUCGAGGAACGGCUGAAAAGGCUGCCCAGCCCGGACCGCGAGCGGGUGAUGCGCCGCCGCCAGAAGUUCGAGCGCAACCGGCCGGUGGUGGGCCAGCCCAAGACGAUCCGGCUGCGGGGCCCGUCCGUCGAGCCGGCCCCUCCGGCGGCGCAGCGACGCUCUGAGAGCCCUCCACCUGCCGACGCCGACAGCGCUUGA